CGCCUAAAGAAAAUAUGGUCUUUCGAGUUUACUGAUAUAUACAUUGCAAGAGAUGUACAAAUCUUUUACAGUAUGGCGUAGUCCCGCCAAGAUAGAGCGAAUCUUGUGCAUUCUCGUCAAGUAUGCUUAUGAAAUAGAUUCGAGGAUCAAAUUUAACGGUUUUUUGGAAUCUACUAAACACUGGAUUUUUCAAGUCAUUUAUGAAGAAGAACCAAUGUCAUUCAUGACAUUCCAGCAGGCGUCGACAUGUUGUUAUGUCCCGCCAACACAGAUCUUGCACACACCAUACAAGGAACAGCUUGAUGAAACAAAAUCACAGUAUCCACUUCUGAAUUUGGAAUACCCAUCCCAAAAUUUUCCAGUUUGGUCCUCUAAUUUCUCAUCAAUGACAACAACAAAUAUGUCUCUUGAAACACUUAAAUCUCCUUCUGAAGUAUCUGUUAAAUCUUUUGAUCCUUUUAUUGAUUUUUCUGCUGGGCCUUCUACUGAUUCUCUUACCGAACCUCUUCCUGAUCCUCCUAUUGAUCUUUCUACUAAAUCUUCUACAUGUUGAUCGACCAUUAAUAAUCAAUGAAGUAAAUCGACGAGGAAAACAUGUAGAAUCCAAAGAAAAUCGUGUCGUCUCCAAAGUGAUAGAAUGAUUGUCAGGACGAGCACUGAAUCUGACUAUCAAUCAUUGCCACAUUUCGGACAUCUUCACGAGAUGUGCAGUCAACGCUGCUACAUAUUCAGUGGUUCGAAUAAAUCGCAUUCAAUCAAGAAAUUCUUAAAAAAAAAACUCGCGAAAAAUUAUUAUAUCGGUUUCACAGCAAGUUUCCAGAUGUUUUUCGUUCUUUGCUUUUAAUCGCCGAUCGUGAUCCUUCGUGAAAGGACGAAAAGUUAUCGCUUUUUUACGAACAAUCUCACAAUACUCGACGUCAUCACGAUAACAGAUCUUUGUGGUAAUAGAUCGAACGAUCAUGGAUCGAACAACAAGAUCGCAGAGCGUAACCCAUUCAUUUUUCAAACGAUCACUCGCGUUUCCUCAGCGAAUGCUGAAUUGUAUACAAUCGCCGCGUUCGGAUUUUCGUUUCAGGCGAAACGAAAUCGACGGACCCUGACGUUACGCAUGGUAAAGCAGCUCCCGCAAGGCAGUUCAAUCAAGCAUAAUCUCGGAGAAUGAGAAGACCGCGACAUACCGUUUCUGACGUUCCUUGUCCGGCGAGUUCAUGUACCGCGUCCUCACGUGUCUGUCCAUUUUAAAAUUCAUUGCGAAAACGAUGACAAGAUGCCGCUGCAGAGAAAAACGACCGUAAGUGCGACAGGCAUCAAGCGAAUCGUUUCGAAAAAAUCUAUCCGAUCAUAAGUAACGGUUUUAUUCGCUGGAUUCUCCAUAACGAUGGCGGAUGACCAAUUUUGUGUAUGGAAAAUCGAACACUGAAUGACAGCGGUGGCUGCGCAAGCAGGCGAUGCAUUGAUCGAAUUAAUUAAUGAUGGAUAUAGUGAUUUUAAUGCUUUCUGCUUAUUCAUAUAUAUUAUAUAUAUUAUAUAUAUGCUGCCUUGCUGUUUUCUCGAUUUAGAUGUGUUAUUGAAUAUUAUUGGAAGAUACGAGACUUACAA